CUGGCUUCAGACAUUACUUUUAAAGCCACGCAGUAUACCGGAACUGGACUUGCCGAGAAAGUCGCCUUCGACAGGGAUAGACCAGAUAAGGUUGAGGGCAUAAAACAAGAAACCACCGAUAAUCGAAGAAGCGCCGCAGCCGAGAUAACUGACCAAGCACCUCCCGGUACGUUGCCGGAAACUCCUUGACAUCGUAGUCGGCGUCCUCGUGAUCCCCAGCUCCGUCGCCGCGAUUUGUGUUGUAUUGGUAACAACAGCGGCCGCGCCAGACGGGGUGGCAGCCGCCGUCGCCGUCACUCCUCCGCUGGGGUCCCGCACAACAACGGCAGCGGCUGCCCUCUGGGUGACCGCGUCGCGGCGGAUGACCAGCGCUGCCCUGCGUACCGUCGUCCUCGCCGGCGUGAUGGGAGCGCUCACCCUGGGCCAACAGCCCUGUGCUCCACCGUCCACGUCAUGGGCAGGGCGCAGAGUCGUGGACUUGUCCUUCAGCUACAACGACCGCACCAUCUACUGGGACGAAGACGGGCGCUUUCGCAUCAACGCCACCGUGCAGUCGAACGAUGUCGAGGACUGGGUCUUGAUUGACGAAAUUUCGACGCCCACACACGGGGGUACCCACAUGGACGCACCGCGGCACUACAGCAAGCUCGGCUGGUCCGCUUCCGAAAUACCGCUGGACCGGCUCCUCAUGGUGCCCAUCGCGCUCAUCGACGUUCAGCAGGAAGCGGCACGCAACGCCAGCUACCUCAUGCCCAUCGCCGAGGUCCUUCGAUGGGAGGCGCAGAACGGCCCACUGCCCAACAACUGCCUGCUUCUCAUCCGCUCCGGAUGGUCCAAAUACUACCACAACCGGAACGCUUUCUACGGCCUGGACCAAUACGGCCUGCGCCAUUUCCCGGCCAUCGAGCCGGCAGCCGUCGAGUUCCUCACCCGGCAGCGCAACCUGGCGGGCGUCGGCAUCGAGACGGCUUCGGUGGACUUCUACGGCGUGACGCGGUCUCACCACUUGCUGCUGGCCGCCAACGUGUACAUCCUCGAGAACCUGGCCGACUUGAGCCUCGUGCCCCCGGUCGGCGCCCACGCCAUUGUCAUGCCCAUGAAGAUCGACGGCGCCGGUGGCGCCCCCACGCGCGUCGUUGCGCUGCUGCCUUGAGUGACGGGAGAACGUUUCCUUUCCACAACGUGUUUCGGGUGGGGCAUCUGAAAGAUUCCUACGGCAAAGCGUAGACCGAACGACUUACGCUCGUUGUUCAAGUGGUGGCAGUCUGUUUAAAAUACCUGAGGUUCUGAAAAUGCGUGUAUAUUCGUAUCACUGAGGUAUCCUUCUACUUUGCUGGAAAUAACCUCUUAAACUACCUUAGCUCAUUCUAGCCAGGAACUUUGAAACCAUACUUAGUGUGCGUUCCCAAAUAUGGGCUCAGAUAACUACGUUCCCCAAGCGACCAUCCUAAUUUCUGUCCCAGACCUGAUGUAGACGGCAAAGAAGUGUUUCGAGGAGACCACAUCGAAAUCUACAACGACGCAGGAUAAUGUACUGUCUAACGACACAGACAAGUGCUACUAUGUAGAACAGGAGAGGGGAAGUAGAGUAAAGGGAGCGCGGUUAACAAGUCUUACCAUUGUCUUGAAGGCCUGUAUGCGUGGCCGGUGUGUGAAACCAUAAGCACGAGAGCUGUUUAGGCUAAGGAGUAAGGCGCAUGCUUAAGGAAGACAGGUGUGGGAGUGGUGAAAAUGCACAAGACUUUGUUAUGGUCUCUGCAAUGACGCAGAAUACAUAACGCCAUGGCUUGAAAUAAGAACUCAGCAAAAUAAAUUAACUUUCCUAGUUUCAAUGGGUUUUCCGAAAAAGAGAUCACUGGCCCUAACUUUACAGUUUGCUUUUUUUUUUGGACUCAGGAAUUCGAUUCCAAGUGCGAACGAUCUCUAGGUGUGUUCGUGUUCCAAUAUGCCUGCUAGUGCACUUACGAAGCCGUCUUAUUACAUGCCAUGUUAAACAACUUUGUUUGCUGGAACGAUUUGGAGCACGCUUUUAGUGUGCUACAUAGUCGUUACCAGGAAUCAGUAGUACGGCCAUGUAAAAAAAAAAAAAGCAGUUAGAACUCUUCGGCAUAACACUGGCUACGGGCUGCAGGGUUCAAAUUGACGUAGCCACGUAAGUGCAGUGCUUUAAUCAUUUAGUUAACUGAUUAGCGCUGAGAGCUGAAAUGCAUCUUCAUGACCUCCACGGUGACAAAUGUGCUCACUAGGGUUGACGAUUGAGUGAGUUGGUAUUGCAUUCUAAAGCUGGCACAGCGCAACAUAGAAAAGUAGAAGCAAUCCGAGCCACCCGGAUGAAAGAACAGAGAGCUGUGUACUUUCAUCGGGCCGGCUCUACUUGUUGCUUCCUUUCUAUGUUGCGUAGUACCAGUUUUAGAGUGAUAAAGGUGAAACUUAUACGACUGUGCUGCUGUCUUGAAUACCUUAGCUUCAAGAAUUUUCGGAAGCAUCUUACGAAACAAAUUACAAAAAACACAUGUUACCCCUCGAAUGGCUAAGUCUGCAUGAAAUUAUUUUGCGACGCAUCUGAGGAACUAUCGCCAUGACACAAAGAAACCACUGAAAUCGGUGGCGUGCUCAAGAGCUUAUAGUUACCAUUAAGUUGUGCAAUUCUAAUGUAACUACGUUGCAUUAACCACCCUUGAAUUACUCUACUGCAGCCUGCUUGACUUUAUUUAUGAUGUUUGUACCGCGUAUUCGUGCCGUGAGUCAGUUGCCUAAGCUUCUUAGCGUGCACAUGGCUGCAAGUAAGUUUUGCUUUGUUUGUAUGUCGUGUUUUGCUUUGUACGGCGUCUGCCUCACCCUAAGAGGAGAAUAGCAGAAGUGAAGACUUAAUUCACCAUAAAUACGCUGCUUUAGCAAAAGAAGACUAUAACAGCACAGAGACGAUAGAGAAAACAUGGAAAAAUGUGUCAUUAUAACCUAAAUUUGGAAACUGAAACGAGUGAGCAUUUUUCUGUAAGCAAAUGAUGUAUGGCAAGCCGUCCCAAGUCAGAACUGAAGUUCGAAAAUGCGAUCAUAUGGUCAUCGCCAUCUGCAAAGCUUAAAUAUUUACGAAAAUAAUUCAGAAACAGAAAGCGAGUCACUUGCGAAAGCAUAACGACAGUCAUGGGAAACAUAAUUUGAUAAAAUACAUAGAGUUGGCGGAUUCCUCAAUGCCUUUUUAAGUACUCAGGUACUCAGGACAAGCGAUAGAACGCGAAAAUAGCGAUAGCGGGACUGUUCGCUUGUGGUAAUGGGACGUAAGCUAAACGGGAAAAAUACAGCAACGGCACGCGCGAGGCAAAUGAGGCGCAGACAGUUGAAAUGGAGGACAGCUGGACGAGCCGCAUGCGCGGAUAUUUUGGUGCUGCAAGAGUGGAAAUUACAGUUAUUUCUACGCAACCAAAGAAAAAGAAAGGAAAUAUUUGCUAGGACUGCGCAGUUACGGAGACUACGAUUCCUUGAAACACGGCUCGCAUAGCUUCCCAACUAUAGUGCACGCGAUAAUCAUGGAGCUAAAGUUGCCUAGAAGGAAAGAUCCCUUACAUUUCACCAUGCUAGCAGCCUCGCCUAUGUCUAUAAAAGGCGCACUCCACGCUGUUUCACCAUCAAUUCUGGAGACGUCACAAGCACGGCCAAACGAGCCGUUGCUUCAGUGAUAUAUUGCUGGCCUCCACUGCGACAAACCGAACACAGUCUUUCCUUCCUUGUAUACUUGUCCUUGUCUCUGUCCAAUGUCAAGUCUGCGCGAGUAUGCUAAGCCCUGGAGUGCAAGCAUAUAAAAGCGAGGGCUCACCAGAGCAGCAGAAAUAUGGGCUUAUGCCCGUCGGUAGCAUGCCGCAUAAUACUAACGGUUAAACGAAGGUCAUCGUUUUUAAACGCAGCUAAUGUGCUCAGUUCGGAACUGUAACUCUCUGCGGCGGAAUUUAUAAACACGAACGUGCGCAGUGCGUGACUUCGCAAGUUCGAAACGCUGCAGACUACGUGUGCGUGGUUCUGUAUGAACAAUGGUAAACAUCUGCGUGUUCAUCUUUACCGGAAGUAGAUUAAAUGACCUGUCAGUCAUGUGUUGUAAACUGGAGGACAGCAGCAGUAGACCAGAAUGCCACAAUCACUUAUAGGUGAUCGUGAGGUAGGAUGCGGACGUUGGCAGAUCAUAUCGCCAAAUGAUUGGACCUCGUAAUGCCACCACGCACUAGCCACUCCAGCGUAUAGCGUGCAAAUCUGUGAGUUUCUGUGUGACUGAUCCGGUAAGUACUUAUGCCGAAUGACCUAUAUGACAGACAGAACAAAGAUGCGACAUUGCUACGCGAAUGUGCGCGCUAACGAACUAUAGUGGAACACACAAUUUGUUUCAGAGGGAUAGAAAGGGCUGCAUUCGCAUGCGUUUAGAUUUAUUCAAUGCCGAAUGUAUAAUAAUGUAUAGGAUUCUUUUCGAUUCAUUCUAUUAAUUUUUUGGUAUCGUUAAUUAGGUGGAAUGGCGUUAAGACCACUGAGAUAGCACAAACAAAAGUUAGAAUAUGAUCGUUAAAUUAUCGCGGCCCAGGCUUAAGAAGUGGCAUGUUCAUUCAAAAAAUAAAUCGACAGAUAUAUACAUACGGAGAAUUUCUUAGCCUUCCCCUGGGCAAGAAAAAGGCGGACGUAUAGAAUUUCGUGCUUUAUAAAGGGUGAUGACCGUGGUUGUUGAUUUGCAAUAGACGGAUUAACCCUCACACUCAAUGUAGGAAUUAGGUCACAUGCAGCGUUUCUCUCACAUAUAUCAUAAACCUCAUAAACUUAUUCCACUUUAAAUCUGAAAAUUUGUAAUCAUAAGUUCCGCCAAAAAAUGCGCGAGAACUCACUUAGCAUGAGCAUGAGGCCAUCUGAGUACAGUACUGGUGGUGCAUGGGGAAAGCUCCUUCAUAAGCAAACAAGUAAGGAAUGGAAGUGACAUCAAGCAAAGCGGAAAUGUGCGGGUUUUAUUUCCUUGCCCUCAUACACGCAGAUUUUCAAACUUACAAACUUCAGCUUCAACAUAUUGCUUCAUAUCAUAUUGCUGAAAGGGCCCUAUAAGGUGUUUUCGCAUCGCUCGAAUUGUCGCACUCUUUCAAAAGUGGGGAAGGAGCUUAACCGUUUUGAAAACUCAGGCUAACAUGUAAGGUGUGAACCUUCUUAGCUGUGCUAGAGGUGGUCUAGUGCCUGAAAGUGACAGAAAGAGACAUAAGUAGCUUUUUUUAUUAUGUUGAAAAAAUGCUCGGCACAUUUAUUUUGGAUGCCAUGGCGGAGGUGGGGUGUGACUAAGUCAGUGUUUUCAUUACCAUAUAAAAGUAUCAGCUAAGCCUGAGUGUAACCUCUUUGUUUACGGGAUCUUUCAGUCGACCAUUGUAUUGUUGUGAACAUUUGUUCGAAGGCAAAUUAUGUAAUUGCCUCUGAAAGUAAAGCUUCGGAUCGGCUCAAAUGAGUAGAACGUUUCUUCAGCUAAUGAACUGCAGCAGCAAUGGAGUAAUCUAAAACCUUUGGUGAGAAGGAGCUCUCCAGCCGUCUGCGUUAGGGGCUCAGGCACAAUACAUGACAAUGCUUAAAGAAGGCUCACUCUGCACAUCUUGACGGGGAUAUCGUGAGCUGCUCCACAACUUUUGGUGGGGCUUGAUGAUUAUCCCUCACGGGUAUCAGUAUCUUUUGCACUUGACCAAAAGGGUAAGAGAGCUCGCUUAAUUAAAAAACUUUAAACUUCUUACACAAUAUCUUCAACGUAGUCGCUGCAAUUUAGAUUGCAUUGCUAAUGCGAUACACGUUUCUUGUGUAGCACUCCAUUGAAAUUUCACUCCAUUCGUCUUGGGCUGCUUUAUCCGGACGGGACAGUAAAUGCAUAGUUUUCUCAUCAGACCUAAAAUCACAAGGCACCUGAUGAAAGCUGUACACACUCAAUUUCCUAAGCGCGUUCCUAUCCCCGCCCGUGUUAUUGCCAAUUCAGCUGCUCUAAUAAAAAGCUGCAAAUCCAAACUGUUAGAAUGUUUAGCAAUUAUCAUGGCUGU